AUGGUGUCACAUUUCUGUAUUCAUUUCUCACAGAGCUGCAGAUNNGUGCAGUUCUCUGGCUGGGAGGUGGUCGACGAUGGUGCUUCCUUUCCUGGUGUGGAGCUGACGCCCUCCCAGAAACCCCAAAAACGGGGCGUCUACACUAUGUACCAUGGGACAAGUGUUACUUGUGCACGGCUCAUCCUUACCAGUGGUUUUAAACAGUCAUCACGUGGCAUGCUGGGAACGGGUGUGUAUGUCAGUCGUGAUAAGCAAAAGGCGGCUCAUUAUCCAUUGAACAGCCAGGUUACAGACCGUGUGAUCUUUCAGUUACGUGUGCGUCCCGGUCGUGUCAAGCGUAUUGACAAAGAUAACCAUCCUAUGCAGUUCACCUGGCAUGCAAAUGGCUAUGACACUGCCUGGGUUCCCCCCAAUUGUGGCCUUAAAGCCGUGCCCAGUGGGAUGGAGGAGGACUGUGUGUUUGACCCUAAAAGAGUGGAGGUGGUAGGCAUUGCAAAAGCACCAAACGCCACCAUACAGAAAGAACUUGAGCAGCUUCUGGCAACAUCAUCCAAAAAAUCCAGAGGAGGAGGCGACGGUGCUGCUGCUGCUGUGUGUUCCCUGUGCAGGAGAAAGACCCAGAAGGGUUCUCCACACAUCAAGCAACAGUGCUGGGACUGUGGGAAAAACAUCUGCAUUCUCAUGUCCAAGCAUUUCUGUCCAGCCAAACCCGGACACGGGGGAGGAAAGAAGAAAGUUUGAAAAAAAUGUGAAAAAAAAGUGAUGCUAAGAUGAUCCACAACAAUAUGGCCUUUGCAUGUGCUGGAGUAGAUUAGAACAACAAUAAUAAUAAUAGUAACUCAGGGUUCAAUCAUAUCAUUUGUAAACAUGAAUCAUAGUCUCAGUCUUCCUUAAAGCAAUAAUUAUAAUUGGUGCUACAUGUUCAAUUAAUUUACUGCUGAACAUGUUUUGGGCGGUCUCUGUACGUGGUACAAACUUUAUUACUACAAAAUCUUGUUGAUGAUUUGACACUAGUUUAUAGUCAACUAUGAAGUUUAUGAUGUUUUGGUUUGAACUUGGUUUGUCAAGUCAAGUAAUACACUCAGCUGUUAUGUGUCUGCACUAGCUUUAAAUUCUCUGAUCAGCAUGCAUUAUGAUCACAUGAUCCUGGAUAAAAUAUAUGUGUUAGCACUAAUGAUUUUGAUUUACUCAAAGUAUAUAAACUUACUGAAUACUAAGUUAUGUAACAGGACUAAAGCCAAUAAAUAUUAUAUUAUCAGA